ACAUAUCGAGUCGACAGGAGGAGCCACCGCAGCCGUCCUUGAAGGGAUGCGGCUGUGACCUUGUGCAGACAGAUGGCCAGAGGGAGAAGCAGACCGGGAGGGGGGCUGAGUGCGGGAGAAGCUGCCGGUUCCCUCGUGAGCCCAUUACUGUCCACAUGCUCCACUGCAAACCUGUGAGAAGACUGGCAAAGAGAACACAUAUACAGUGAGGGUGUCAAUCAAGAGCGGGUGCGGACCCCCAGAGUGAUAAAGACUGAAGAAGACGUAGGGUCGCGAGCAGCAAACGUCUCUGCCGCAUUUCUUUUCUGUCGCUCAGACGCGCGCCUGGCGCGUGUGCACGUGUUUGAGAGCGCGCGGGCGCGAACGUUUUUGAGUGAGUGAGGGUCUGUCCUUAGACGCCGAAGAGCAGCAGCUGUCGGAAGCUCGCAGUAAUGUUGGCCGAGCAUAGAGGGGAAGCGACGAGACGCCCCCCAAAGACUGGAAUGAGUGGCAGCUACUACACGUUCACCGCGGCGUGAGCCCCUGGCCCCUCAUGGUGAAUGACAGCACGCAAGAUGGGCUACUCCGACCCGUCGGGCAGAGAUCUGCUGGGAAACAGGUCGCUUUGCUUCAUUUUUAUUUGCGCCUUUGGACUCGUAACCUUGUUGCAGCAGAUCCUCUACGGGAAAAACUACAUCAAGAGUGGACUACAGUUUAGCUGGCAGAGUGGAGACGAAUCGGAAAAUUGGACCGGGACCUUUAAUUUCACGGAUGGUGGAGCACAGAAGCCUGCCAGUGAUGGGAACAGCAGGUACUUUGAGUUCUAUGAAGGUCCCUAUAACUUCAACUCAACAAUAUGCAAAGACCUAAGACAGGAGAUUAUGGACGUGAAGGUCCUUUCCAUGGUGAAACAAUCAGAGCUUUUCGACAGAUGGAAGAGUCUACAAGUCUGCAAAUGGGAGAUGAACAAAGUGGAAGCAAAUGCCUUCAAAACUUCUCUCUCACGAUGUUGCAAUGCCCCUACCUUUCUUUUUACUACCAAGAAAAAUACACCUGCAGGAACAAAGCUGAGAUAUGAAGUGGACAGCAGUGGUAUUCUUCACAUCAGCGCUGAGAUUUUCAAAAUGUUCCCGGAUGAUAUGCCAUUUUCCCGAUCCCAAUUCAAGAAAUGUGCAGUAAUUGGAAAUGGUGGAAUCUUGAAGAACAGCAAAUGUGGGAAGGAGAUUGAUUCAGCUAAUUUCGUCUUUAGGUGUAACUUACCUCCUAUCUCUGACAAGUAUGCAAUAGAUGUUGGAUACAAAACUGAUAUAGUGACAAUCAAUCCAAGUAUAAUCACUGAAAGGUUCCAAAAGCUAGAAAAAUGGAGGAAGCCCUUUUAUGAAGUCCUUCAGACCUAUGAAAAUGCGUCUGUGGUUCUUCCUGCCUUCUACAAUACGCGCAACACAGAGGUUUCAUUCAGGGUUAAGUAUGUGCUGGAUGACUUUGAUUCUCCACAGUCUGUAUUUUACUUCCAUCCACAGUACCUGCUUAACGUGCAGCGUUUCUGGAUGAUGCAAGGCGUGAGAGCCAAGCGACUAAGCAGUGGACUGAUGCUGGUCACUGCAGCUAUGGAGCUCUGUGAAGAAGUGCAUCUCUAUGGCUUCUGGGCUUUCCCUAUGAACCCCUCAGGAAUCUUCAUCACACACCAUUACUAUGACAAUGUCAAGCCUCGGCCUGGCUUUCAUGCUAUGCCCAAUGAGAUUUUUAACUUCCUGCACCUGCACAGCAGGGGGAUACUGCAGGUCCAUACUGGAGUCUGCAGGUGAUGUUAAUUUUUUUUCUUUUUUUUUAAAUCACAUUUAAAUGUUUUCUUGUGAAGUUUUUUAAGUUAACAGUUUCAGAAAUACAGUAUAUUAUGUUUCCACAAGCAGUGCUCUGGGGAUCUAUUUAACUUUGUUUGCAAAAAAAAAUUAUGUAUUUAAUACUUUGAGAAUAUGUAUAUAUAUAUUUUAACUAAAAUUAUUUUACUAAUUAGCUGAUGCUUCUCUCCGAAGCAACUUACACACACAAUUUCAUAAUCUAGUAGUUUCAGUAUACCUACAGUGUGAGACUCAGUAUCACACAGAAUUGAAUCAAUAACCUCAUAUUUUACAAUCUAAAGUCGUUUAUGACAGUUUAAACCAAUUAGCACUUGUUUUAGAAAUUCAUCUUCUAAUGCAGUAUGGUUUAGAACAAUCCACUCAAAACAUGCUCCUGGGGCAAGCUUUGUGAAUUAUUUUUUUUGUGUGGCUACUAAUUUUUUUAAUCACUGGUCAAUUCCUGCUUUCAUAAAUCCAUCCAUCCACUUUCUGAGCCUUCAAUUUCCACUGCAGGUUUGCAGGAAGAUUAUAGAUUUUACUUUUUUUUACUAUGUAAAUUAUUUUAACGCAGCCCAAGGUAACAGAUAGAUAGAAGCAUCUUCUUGAUUCCUUGUUUUAGACCUCUGUAAGGAGAUACAUUUGUGAUUUAUAUAUAAAAAUUGAAUUGGUGGAUUAGUUUUGCUAAGAUUACAAUAUUAGAAUCUGUCAUCUUCCAUAUUUUCUUUCACGGUGUGUAUUUUUAAAUGGACUGCUUGAACAGCGGAAAACUGAAACUGAAUGAGCUAUUGCUAUUCAUAUAUGAUUGCUAAAGUUCAUCAAUUUGUCCGUCUUUUUCAUCCAAUCAUUCUUUUUUCUCACAGCAGAAACAUUUAGGAGACAUCACUUAUAUAUUCUGUUUAUUAUAGCUUGUUAUUUGCAACAGUUAUAUAGUCUAUAAUUAUUGCUGAUAGAGAAAACUAUAUGACAGCUAUUACAUAUUAAUUAAAUUUAAACAGUUGUAGCAAAAAACAAAAAUAUUAAUUAUUAAAAUGGACAUGAAAAGUGAUUAAAUCCCUGUGUUCUAAUCGAUUUAUAAGAAUUCACACCUACUUUUUGUAACGAAUACUUGAGAACAUACAUACAGUGGGCAAAGACAAGCCCAUUUAAAGCAAGGAAUUAACCCCUGGUUAGGAAAUUUCAAGCUGCUACAGGUAUGCCCCAGAGAGUGUUUGGGAAUCCAUAUCUUAAACUACUGAUGAACAUUCUCGGGAAGAAACCUGGACUAAACAAAAAAAUAAAUAAAUUCAGGUUGUAAUUGAAAUGAUACAAAGUGCAUUUGCAUUUAGUAAAAUGUGAAUGUGUAAAAACAAAGCUCAUUAUUGUUUUGCUGUUUAUAGGACAAUUUUGACAGUAUUACUAGUGAUUGUUCAUCAGGAACUGCAGAGGAAUUUGAAAAUAUAUAUUUCAUUAAACUAUUCAGAACUGGCAACUUCAUAAUUAUUUUUUUAAUAAAUACUACCUUUGCAAAAAAUGAAAAAGCAUAUAAAAAUUAACUAAUAACCAGCGGUUUUUACAUGUAAAGCCAAUUAUAUAUUGCUGUUUUAUUAAUGGACUUUAUUUAUAACACUUGAUCACCUUAUUUUAAACUGGGCUUCAUCCAAAUGACUGGAAGACACUAAGACUAUUCCCUAAGACUUUUAGAUACUUUUCAGAAUCUAUUAGGCAGCAGCGUUGAAGUAAAAAGGUACAACAGUGACAAGACACAGAAAAAAUUUACCAAGAUUUGGUCAAAUGACCAUCAAUAUGAUUCUUCAAGUUGACCAUUUACUCUUCUCUCCCCAUUUUCAGUCUACCCUCUUAAAGCAUGACACUUCAAAACAUAAAAUGCAUUAGCAGGCCAAAAAUAGAUUGACUAUUCAAUAAUUUAUAUAUUUUUUGGAGUAAGCUCCAUAUUAAUAUAAAUAUAGCUUACUUUGCCUGGGCCUUUAUAUGAAGUUCUCCACUGUUGCCUUUGUGUGUGUUUAAAUAUACUCUCGAUGUCUAAUAGGGAGUUGUCUGAUAGAAUUUAUUAGUUUUUGGUUUUCUGCAGUCUGAAGACAUGUUGUUAUAUUUAUAUAUAAAUAUAUAUUAUAUUUUUAAUUGUAUGAAGGUAAAUUCUACAUAUUCUAUGCUCAUUUAAGAACUGUCAAAAACAUAGUGGAUAUAUUAAAAAAAAAAGUCAGUUCUUGAUUAAAAAAACAUUCUAUGCCUCAGCCCAGUUGGAGUAGUCUUACAUGAUGAGCCUUUUUGGUUGUUUUAGUUUAAGCUUUUUAUUGACCCCUUUUACCUGUGCAGCUCCCUCAUUGAGUCACAUGUUAAGGAGCAAGGCUUUAUUUAAGGAACUAUAUAAAACUUUUGUAAAUGGCUGCAUCUUAAAUAUUGUAUGCAGUAUUGGGUUAGAAGGACAUAAAAAUUGUUAGAAAAAAGUCCAAAGAAUAGUCAUUUUACAGUUAAAUUAAAAGUGGCAAGUGUCAGAAGCAUUAAUAACUAGAAAAAAAGUAAAAUGAUGUUAUCAGCUUGUUAUUUAAACUUAAAUCUGCAUUUAAAAAAAUACAUUCUCACAAAAAAUUAUUGAAUGCACAAUGUGGAACAACUUGCUUGAGAAGAGUGCUCUAUGUAUUAAAUCUAAAUUAUUUUACAAAAGCUAUUUUUGCUAUUUCACUUAAUCAAACCAAAACACCUAUUAUAUUACACCAUUUUUCUCUUACUAAUUUUCCUCUUUAUGUAUCAGGGUGUUCUCAGUGAAAAAAUAAUGUUCUGCCCAGGGCAUGGAGCUUGCCUGAGUCAUUGUCAUACAGCCAAGCUGUUAUAUCACUGCAUCCUGGAGUGUUUGCAUGGAUUUUCUGUAGUAAUUUAUAGCCAUCGUUUCAAGCACUUGCUUCAGUAUUAGUGGCUCUUAAUAAUAUUUAAAUGAAAAUGACUAAAUAGUGAACCAGGCAUCUCCUUGGCAUUCUAGUUGGUAGUUAUUCAGUUUGUUUAUUUAUUCAUACGGUAACACAAGCAAAGUAUAAAAGAGGGCCUGUGAACUUUCAAAGAUAUCUUUUUAAUCUGUUAUAAGGGCAUGUCUAUCUUGAUGUUUUCUCUGGUAGAAGUUGUACCUGGGUGGCAGAGAAUAUAACAGUAUUUAGACAGGGACCAGAGAAAAGUACACUUAGACAAUCAUAAAGCUCACAAAAUGCCAGUGUGGGAAAGCAGGUUAUGUGAGGAGUAGUAAGCUCUAUCUCUACCAUUCUUACUCCAGGUGAAUUAUUUGAUUACAAAAGAAUGAAACAGAGAUGCCUUGGAAAUGCUAGCCAGGACUGAGAGUAAAGGGCAGACUGGAAGCUAACUUAUAUAGCCUGUUUUUUUAUUAUAUUUUUAUUAUAUAUACAGUGGUUUCAAGAAGACAUUGUGACCUGAUCAUUAUGAUAUUUCAUAGACCUACCCUGUACACUGGAAUUAUGUAAACCCCUGGUGGAGUUUAAAGACUACUUAACUGCAGGAGAAUAAGUGUGACUGAAUUCAGGAAAAGCCCCAUUUUCAGGGAGGAAGUGAGAAAAGAAUGAGAAGGCAAGUCAAAAUCUAAUGUGCUGGUAUUUAGUGAUAGCAAAGUAGGGAAGGCACACAGAGCAAAAGACAUCUCUAUAACAAAUUAAAUUUUACAAAUGAGAAGAGACCCUUCAACAGGGUUUGCUUAUUUUGUCUUUAUAUUUUAUGUUCUUCCUCUUGUUUUCAUUUAAGCUCUUUUUGGCCAUAGUCUCUAUUUGGUGAGACAUCUGAGAGUUGUGCUCCCAUUACAUUUGAUUCUUAUACAUUAGAUUAGUUAGAUCUGUUUCUGUCUUUGUUAAGUAAUGUCAGGUAACAUGUAUAGAAUUACAUUGUAUUUAGUUAAUAAACACAAUAAACAAAUACAUAGAAAUAGUAAAUUUCUGGUAUAACAUGUAUGUUCUUUAAAAACGACAUACAGUACAUAUGGUCCCCUAUACCUUAGUAUAUUUAGACAAAAGUAUUAAAAGCCAUCUUGUUUAAGCUUCCAGCACCAAAAAUGUGUUUUACUGUUAUAAUCACUGUGACUACCUAAUGAGGUAGACUUGAAAUGAUCUUUGGAAAUGUUUAUUGUGAUUUAAAUUGGUCUCACUCAUAUCACACCAUAUUCAAUGUCAGAUUCAUUUACUUCAUUCUGCAUUUUUUUUUAUUUUACAUGUAUAAAAAUCCCAGUUUACUACUGUUAGCCUGUUAUCUGUUAAUUAUUUUCAAUAAAACUUGAGUGCAUUAAUGAGAAGUCAUCAAAUCAAUAGCAAGUUAUGAAAAUACAUAAUAGACAUUAAAUGCUGCUGCCCCUGUAAUGCAGGAAAAAUGGAUGUUAAAAUGAAAAA